UGAGCCUGGGGGAGGCCAUUAUUCAUAAGAUAGUGCUUGUUUUUGGAAGGAUUUGCAUGAGUUUGGCACAUCUUUAUUUGCUAAGUCUUUUAAAAGUAUGUUGCAACUCCAAAGGAAACAUAUGGUUUUGCUGGAAAAUUUGAGUUCAGUCGCUCCAAAGCAAGCUACCUCAAGCCCAAAGUGGCCGGAGGACUUAUCUGAGGAUUUCGGUGUCCAGCAUUGCCCUCUCGACCAAUCAGAAAUCAGCAGAAAAAUCAGCAAAUAAUCCAAUCCAGAAAGGCCCAUUAGAAGAGCUGGGAGGAACAGAAAGUCCCUCCGACCAGCUUAACACCCCACCCAGAGCUGAGUUGCACAGGUCAACCAGACAUAGGGGAUGCCCUGGUUACCUGCGUGACUAUUGCCAGAGAUGUUUGUGCUGCUCUGUAUAACAGGUUUUGCCUUCUAUAUCAAUGGCCAACCUCUCCACAGCCAGUUUAAAGGAGAAAACUACUCAACAAAAUAUGUUUGUAGUAUACCUGGGUUACCUGGCCCCCCAGGCCCUCCUGGAAACCAUGGCUCACCUGGACCACAUGGCCGGAUUGGGAUCCCAGGACGAGAUGGACGAGAAGGCAAAAAGGGAGAAAAGGGUGAGAAAGGAAAUGCAGGUGUAAGAGGAAAGAUGGGUCCUGCAGGACAAACUGGAGACAAAGGAGACCAAGGGCAGCCUGGCAAAAGAGGGCCUACAGGAUUAGUAGGAGGUAAAGGUGACAUGGGACCUCUUGGUCCAGCAGGACUGAAAGGAGAGAAAGGAGAAAGAGGAAAAACAGGUCCACCAGGAAUCUGUAAAUGUGGGCAAAUUAUACUGAGAUCAGCUUUCUCUGUUGGCAUUACUACAAGUUACCCAGAAGAAAAAUUGCCAAUCAUAUUUAACAAAGUCCUUUUUAAUGAGGGGGGACAUUAUAAUCCCUCAACAGGAAAGUUCAUCUGUGCCAUCCCAGGGAUUUAUUAUUUCUCUUAUGACAUUACACUGGCAAAUAAACACCUUGCCAUUGGUCUAGUUCAUAAUGGAAAGUUCAGGAUAAAGACAUUUGAUGCUAACACAGGAAACCAUGACGUGGCAUCUGGGUCAACUGUGAUUUACCUUCAGCCUGAAGAUGAGGUGUGGCUUGAAAUCUUCUAUACUGACCAAAAUGGCCUUUUUUCUGAUCCCACAUGGGCAGACAGUCUGUUUUCAGGAUUUCUCUUAUAUGUAGAUACAGACUACCUUGAUGCUCUGUCAGAUGAAGAUGACCUGUGAUGGAGAUGGCUACAUACUUCUAAAUGAACAAAAGGCAAUGGACAGAAUCUGCCCUUCCCGCUUAAUAAAGGUGAUUCCUUUGUCUGGAAUUUUGUUUUUGUUGUCAAACGCCCCAAAGUAAAAGACUUAUUUUCAAAUAAUAGAAA